GUGUGUGUAUUAUUUUCGCCUUGGACGUUCGAGGAAGCCCCUCUUGAUUUGGUUGACUGUGCCGUUCCAAAGCGAUUAAUCAUAGCAAAACAUUGCUCCGGGUGUCCAGUUGAUAAAUAAGUGCGGUUUGGUGAAGAAUUGAGGCAACAUGAGUUCCAAUUGGUGAAGUGACGGGGUCCAAUUUCUUGGAAAGUUAAAUUAGUCGAGAGUAAUUCAAGUGAAGAGAGAGGAAAAUUUAAAGGUGUGGAUUACUUCGCCCGUGAAUACCAACCAUGAGCUACCAAAUGCCGCAAAAUCGAACAAUGUCCCACAACCCGUACAACCCGUCGCCGGAUAUGCCGAUGCCGUCGGCGAAGGAGCAAACGCUGAUGUGGCAACAGAACUCGUACAUCGGUGACUCCGGCAUCCACUCGGGUGCGGUCACGCAGGUGCCCUCGCUCAGUGGCAAGGGCGACGACGACAUGGAGGACGACCCGCUCAUGUUCGACAUGGACCAGGGCUUCUCGCAGAACUUUACCCAGGACCAGGUGGACGACAUGAACCAGCAGCUGAGUACGACGCGCUCGCAGCGAGUCCGCGCGGCCAUGUUCCCGGAGACGCUGGAGGAGGGCAUUGAGAUUCCGUCGACGCAGUUUGAUCCGCAGCAGCCGACGGCGGUCCAGCGCUUGUCGGAGCCGUCGCAGAUGUUGAAGCAUGCCGUGGUUAAUCUGAUCAACUACCAGGACGAUGCGGACUUGGCCACGCGUGCCAUUCCCGAGCUCAUCAAGCUGCUGAACGACGAGGACCAGGUUGUGGUGUCGCAGGCUGCCAUGAUGGUCCAUCAGUUGUCCAAGAAGGAGGCGUCCCGUCAUGCCAUCAUGAACAGUCCCCAGAUGGUGGCCGCCCUCGUGCGAGCUCUCUCGCAGAGCAACGACCUCGAGACGACCAAGGGCGCCGUCGGAACGUUGCACAACUUGUCGCACCAUCGUCAAGGUCUGCUUGCCAUCUUCAAAUCCGGUGGCAUCCCGGCCCUGGUCAAGCUGCUCUCGUCCCCGGUUGAGUCGGUCCUGUUCUACGCGAUCACCACACUUCACAAUCUGCUGCUGCACCAGGACGGUUCCAAAAUGGCCGUCCGCCUAGCCGGAGGUCUCCAGAAGAUGGUGGCCCUACUCCAGCGUAACAACGUCAAAUUCUUGGCCAUCGUCACGGACUGCCUGCAGAUCCUAGCUUACGGCAACCAGGAAAGCAAACUGAUCAUCCUUGCCUCAACCGGACCGAGCGAGCUCGUCCGCAUCAUGCGUUCGUACGACUACGAGAAGCUCCUCUGGACCACGUCCCGCGUCCUCAAAGUCCUCUCCGUUUGCUCCAGCAACAAGCCGGCCAUCGUCGAAGCCGGAGGCAUGCAAGCACUAGCAAUGCACCUGGGAAAUCCCUCCCAGCGUCUCGUCCAAAACUGCCUCUGGACGCUGCGCAAUCUGUCCGACGCGGCCACCAAGGUCGACGGUCUCGAGACCCUCCUGUCCGGCCUGGUCACCGUGCUCGGCUCGUCCGACGUCAACGUGGUGACCUGCGCCGCCGGCAUCCUCUCCAACCUGACGUGCAACAACCAGCGCAACAAGGUCACCGUCUGUCAGGUCGGUGGCGUUGAAGCCCUCGUCGGAACCAUCAUCAACGCCGGGGAUCGUGAGGAGAUCACCGAGCCGGCUGUGUGCGCCCUGCGUCACCUGACGUCGCGUCACCCCGAGUCCGAGCAGGCGCAGAACAUCGUGCGCAAUGGGUAUGGGCUGCCAGUGAUUGUGAAGCUGUUGAAUCCGCCGUCGCGUUGGCCGUUGAUCAAGGCCGUUAUCGGGUUGAUUCGUAACUUGGCGCUGUGUCCGUCGAAUGCGGCACCGUUGAGGGAGAAUGGGGCGAUCCACCUGCUGGUGAGGUUGCUGUUUAAGGCGUUCCAGGAUACGCAGAGGCAACGCUCCUCGGUCGCAACCAACGGUUCCCAACCACCAGGGGCCUACGCCGACGGCGUCCGCAUGGAGGAGAUCGUCGAGGGCACGGUCGGCGCCCUCCACAUCCUCUCCAAGGAGGAACUGAACCGGCAGCUCAUCCGCCAGCAGAACGUGAUUCCGAUCUUUGUCCAGCUGCUGUUCUACAACGACAUUGAAAACAUUCAGCGCGUGGCCGCCGGCGUCCUGUGCGAGCUGGCCGUCGACAAGGAGGUGGCGGAGAUGAUCGAGGCCGAGGGCGCCACCGCACCGCUCACCGAGCUGCUCAACUCGGCCAACGAGGGCGUCGCCACGUACGCCGCCGCCGUCCUGUUCAAGAUGAGCGAGGACAAAUCGAUGGACUACAAGAAGCGCUUCUCCAGCGAGCUGACGACGCUGCCCGUGUUCCGCGACGACAGCAUGUGGAACAACGGCGAGCUCGGCAUGGGGCCGGAUCUGCAGGACAUCCUCUCGCCCGACCAGGCCUACGAGGGCCUCUACGGACAGGGACCGCCGAGUGUCCACAGCUCGCACGGUGGCCGCGCAUUCCAGCAAGGCUACGACACGCUGCCGAUAGACUCGAUGCAGGGCCUGGAGAUUGGCGGCGGUGGCAGCGGUGGCCAGAACGGUGGUCCCCAGCAGCAGAACGGGGGCGGCCCGGUUGGCCCACCACCCUCGGGGCAGCCCACCUCGCCGUACGCCAUGGACAUGGACGUCGGCGAGAUGGACGCGUCGGAGCUGACCUUCGACCAUCUGGACGUGAUGCCGUCGCCGCCGCAGGACAACAACCAGGUCGCGGCCUGGUACGACACCGACCUGUAAGGAAGUGGAGUGGAGCAGCAGUUUUAUUACUCUGAUUUUUUUUUUUAAAUUUACUUCUUAUAACACAUUUUAAAAACACACGAAAAGUGCUUCCAACAUCGAUUGACAUUGGAUUUCAGUUUAAUAUUGUUUUUCUUUAUUCUGUUUUUUCGAGUUCUUUCUUUCUAAUAUGUGAUACCAAUUGGCAACUAACUCUCAAACUUCUUUUAUCGCUUUUGCGUGCAGCAGCUCUUAAUCGAAUCAAUGUUUGUUGGAAGUUUGCUCUUAAAACAAAAAAAAAAACUUUAUUUUUAGCCAUUAAGUAUGAUUUACAUAACUACUUUAUGUAUUUUAACUACAAAAAAAAAACACAGAAAGAGAAAUCGAAAUCAAAUAAAAAAAAUAUCGAAAAGUUUAUUUAGUUUAAAACACAAUCGCAUAUAUCAAAAAUUCCUUUAUUUAUACAACAAAGAAGAACAAGAACAAAAGAAACGAUGUUUGCUACUGGCAUUUUAAACGACCGCGCGACGACGAUGACAAAUGACGACGCAAAGAAAGUAUAUUUAAAAAUCUAAACACAGCAGAAAACAAAAAAAAAUAGUAUAAAUGUUAUCAUGAUGCAGAACAAAGAAAAAACAAAAGUUUCCCAUUUUUAACAUAAAGUGGGACGAAACUUGAUCGAAACAUUAGUAGAAAGAACAAACAAAACAAAAAAUCAUAUGAAUAACAAUUCCAUUACGAAAACAAUUAACUAUUGCACGAACACACAAACACA